AUGGGCAAUGACGGCGGAUCGAUCGCCCAACGCACAGAACUCGUCAAGACACGAGCAAAGCCAAAGACGGGCGAUGUCAGACAGAUCCAGAGAGCGAUCUGGUUCUUCUGUGCGCUCUCAAAGCAACCCCUCUCGCCUCCCUGUGUGGCCUGUCCGCUCGGCAAAAUCUACAACAAGACUGCGCUGCUCACCUUUCUGCUCGAUCCUGCUGCCUUUGGCGCCGAGGGUCAGGCGACAGCAGGCCACAUCCGAUCACUCAAGGAUGUCACCAAUCUCGUCCUGACUCCGAACCCGCUGCUCAAGUCGGACGAAGAUCGACAGACAGCCUACAAGGACAGCAGGGAGACUGCUUUUGAGACCAGUCACUUUGUCUGCCCCAUCACGCUCAAAGAGAUGAACGGCGGUCUGCCAUUUGUCUACUUGCGGCCCUCCGGCGCCGUCGUCUCCGAGCUCGGUCUCGCUUCCCUUCGUGCAUCGGCGGCCAGCGACAGACGGCGGGAGUGUCCCGUCACGGGCGUCCCGUACAAGGACGGACAGGAGGAAGAGAUCGUGAGGUUGCACCCGACCGGCGUGCUCGCAGACCAGAUGCGGCUAGCCUGGACAGAACGCUGCCUUGCCGAGAAAGCCGAGAGAGCGAGCAGAAAGACGGACAAGCUUGCCGGCGGCGAGUCCAGGAAGCGCAAAAAGGCUCUGCCUCAUGAGGCGGAUCAGGAAGGCAGCAAGAAGCGCAUCGUGCAGUCAGACACAAAGCCUGAGCCGACAGUGCGGACGAGCAUGCCUCAAAUGCUGGCAGUGCAGCUCGAACAAGGCAAGCUUGCGAGGAGCAAAGCUGUCGAGUCACUCUACCUCAAGCCAGGCGCGAACAAGCAAGCUGAAUCAUGGAUGACAAGAGGCACAUAUACUCGCUACGCUGGCUAG